GUACUAUGUAAACAUUUAAUAUUGAGGCACGAAUCUUCCCAAUUGUGAAGCUAUUCACAAAACCAUUAACUGCUAUCAUCAAUCUUUUGAAAGAGCUUUGAUAAUUAUUUCCGUAUAGAAUCCGACUACCCCACGAUCUAUAAAGUCACACUAUAAAGUCACACUAUAGUCACACAUCCCACUACAUUAUGUACCUCGGCAGUAGAUGUAACGUGCAGCAUACAUAUUGUUUCUAUCAAGAAACAUUGAAGCACCGUAGAUGAAUGCCACCUGCCCCUCACUGUAUUACCUGAAAUUCCUUGGAGUGAGGUUCCUGUUUGCUAGAACUUCCUGGCUCGGGCCCUUUUAAUGCCAAUUUCCAUUCAUAACUCCAAGGGCACUCACUCAUUCAUGGAUAUUUCUAAAAAGAAAACAGGAGACGGUGAAAUUCUCAGAUUGAUAACCUAUCAUAGUACCUAGUAUUCCAUAAUGGCUGCUGCCCUUGCCUCUCAAGCGGAACAGAGCGCACCAGCUAAAGAGUUAGGGUUUUCUUACCGCCAAGGCGUGAACUGGUCGAAAUACAUUGCAUUCCGCCCUCAAUAUCCCGUAUCCUUCUUCGAGCGCAUAUACAGUCAUCACUCCAAACGAAACGAGAAACCCUGGUCGGUAGCUCAUGACGUCGGCGCCGGCGCCGGCAUUGUCUCCUCGACACUUGCUGCCAGUUUCGAUAAAGUGAUCGUCUCGGAUCCCAACGACGGCUACGUCACACUCGCCCGGAAGCUCCUCGUUGAGGAAGCAUCCCUCCCCGAGUCCAAAUUCGUGUUCCUGCAGGAACCGGCGGAGAACAGCUCCGUGGCGUCGGGGACUGUUGAUCUGGUUACUGCUUGCGAGUGCAUCCACUGGACUGCCGUCGACGCUGCGGUCCGCGAGUUCGGCAGGGAGCUGAGAGCUGGUGGAACACUCGCGGUCACUUACUAUACGCGGCCACUCAUCGAGGCGGGCGAGAGGGCUCAGGUUGCUUGGAAGGGGAUUCUGAAUGCGGUUGCGGAGAGGGCUAGGGGCGGUGUCUAUGAAAAUGUAUAUCCGUUGAUCAACACUGCGUUCGAUCAUCUGGGAUUCCCCAAGGAGGAGUGGGAGGAUGUCACGAGGGUGUACAUCAACGCCGACGGGAACACGGAUGGUUUUGUUGUGGACUCUCGGCUAGGCGAAAGCAAGGUCAAGGAGUGGGAGGAGCAGAUAUGGAUCAGCCACGACGAAGAUUGGUGUAAUCUACACGGGAUUGAGUGGUUCAAGGCAUAUAUGGCUACCUGGGUGCCCCUUAUCCCAGAGUCGGAAAUUCAGGGGUUGUGGGAUGAGAUGGAGUUGGAGUUGGGAGGGAACCCGGUCAAAACCAGAACACCGAUUGUGAUGAUUUUUGCUACGAAGAAAGCAUAAUGUUGUCCAUAUGAGACUAACUCCUACUUCUUUUGCAAGGCCACCAGUUCGUCGACAUCGGCGUUGACCAGGGAUUCUCUGGUCUUAGAUUCUAGUAUAUUGAUCAUCUCGAUGGACAGGCUGUCAAGCCCUUCUCGAUCAAAUGAGCGGAUCUCGUCGAGAAGGUUGUGUGCGAUAAUGUUGAUAGCGGCUUUCUUUGAUUGCUCCAUCCUGGAAAACGACAUGUCUAGGUACCUAUCUAUCUAUGUACGUAUUUGUAGAAGAAAAAGGCUGUUGUUGGUUAACUUAAGACCUAGAUUUAUGAUUUCUGAUACAAACAGUAGUAUCGAAUGAAGGCAAGCCUGGCAAGGAAGGGCAAACAACAUCAAUUGACGAGCUAAGAUGAUAGAACAGGUACCUAGUAUCAUCACAUAGCAGUAGUUCCUGCCUUCUGCUUCAAGUUCUAUAUUCCUUCUCUAACUCAUGUACAUGCAUACCCUAGGUAUACAUAACUUCAAGUCGUUAGCUGUACAUAACUAUGUAGUUAUGUAGCACAAACUUUUAAGCAUAAGGUAGUUAGUUAUGAAGUGAAG